CCGACCAAAUGCCAAAUAUGGCUUAAAGGUUUGCCAAACCGAAUGACUCAUUGCUCAAACACAACAUCGUCCUAGUAAGUCGCUUAGGGUCUUCAAAAGCUUGCAGUGUACGAUUCAAAUAACAUCAGAGGAGCGCUACGCCAAAAUUCAUCAAUUUUCAAUUACAACGGCUACUUCUUCACUCUUAUCAAUUCUGUUUAAAAUAUUCGCCUUUUUCUCCCCUUUUCUUAACCCCUUCAAAUCCACUCAACAAUUUGUAUUUCUCUCACUAUUCUGAACCAAUUUUCUGUCAAUUUCAUUCAGCAAAAAAAAAAAAAAAUGGGUUCAAACCCAGUUAGUAAAGUCAGAAUAAUUGCUCGAAUUAGGGCUCAAUCGAACAAAGAUGCUGAUAAUGUUGAUAGGAUUUCAGUUUCCAAGCCUUGGAUUUUGGUUUUGAGGCCCAACCCGAAUUCACACCCAAGUAGAGUAAAAAUAUCUUUUGGGUCAGAUCAAAUUUCUAGUGGUAAGCAGAGUUGUGAAAUAGAUGACUGUUAUGAGCAAGAUGUGGGCAAUGAGGAGAUUUUUAUCAAAGAGAUUAAACCCUUAAUCUCUGGAUUGUUUGGAGGUCAGAAUAGCACGGUUUUCGCUUAUGGACCACGAGAAAGUGGCAAGACUUACACCAUUCAGGGAUAUGAGGAAGAAAUGGGAUUGGCAGUGCUUGCCGUGGAUGCAAUUUUGCCUCUAGCAGAAGAGCAAGGAAAAAUUGUCACCAUUUCUGUAUUUGAGGUGUACCAGGACCGAGUUUCGGACAUGUUAGACACCAAAAGACCGGAGAUUGCAAUAUUUGAGGAUGGACAUGGCAAGAUCCGACUCAAGGGACUAUCUAAGGUUAAGGUGAAUUCUGCAUCAGAAUUUCAAAGGUUGUAUUUGCAGGCAGCAAAUGCUCGCAAAGAAUUGCAGAAGACGACUGAGCCUCCUCAUCGAUACCAUAUAGGCUGCAUUGUCCAUGUUGUGUCACCUCAAACUGAGAAAUCAUGUGCUCAACUGGUGGGCAAGAUCAGUUUUGUCGAUUUGGCAAGCUAUGAAGAUUCUAGAAGAAAGAGUAUUGAUGGCUUUAACUUGACCGAAGCAACAAGGAUAAACAAAUCCCUCUACACUGUGCACAAUGUUCUAUAUGCCCUGAAUGCAAAAGAUGCCCGUGUACCUUACAGAGAAAGUAAGUUGACUCGGAUGUUGCAGGAUUCCCUUGGGGGCACAAGUAAGAUUUUGAUGAUUUCUUGCAUGAAUCCCUCUCUUUGCCUGGAAACUGUUCAAACAAUCAGCUUGGCCUCUCGAUCAUGCAUGGCAGGCUUUUUGGCUUGUUUAGACCCUGGAAAGAGCAGUAAAAUUGUUACCAAGACAAGCGGGAUGUCGUCUCCACAAGUAAUGAAAUCAGCUUCCAAAUUUAAUACGAGAUCAAAUAUGGUGUCUCCUAAAGUUAAGAAACCCAUGAGCGCUUCAGUUUUGGGGAAAAAAACAGCUGGGUCAAAAUUGCACAUGUCUAUGAAGAAGGACAAAGAUGUAUCAUUUGAAGUGAAAGGAAGGAAAUUGUUUGAUGAUACUAUUCAAUUGAAGAAGUCAAAACUGGGAAACAUAUGCCCUGAAAGUGCUUCUGCCAUGGAAUCUUCAUCACAAAGAGAGACAAGUCUCUCCCUAGCAAGUGUGGCAGUAUCCAAUUCUUCUACUCAGCAAGAGGAGCAAUUUGCAUCGAGUGCUAUAGAUUUGGAUUCUUCUCAGCUUCCUUUUGAAGAGGGGAAAGGUAUAUUGAUAGCAUCUUCUGACAUGGAUUCUUCCCGGCUUCCUUCUGAAAAGGAUGCGCUGCAAAUUGUGAACAUUGCCCCUACGACUCCUUUUACAGAUCAAACACCCCCAACAGGAUAUUUUCUUGAAGACAAGGAAAACAAGAGCUCUUUACCUAAUGACGGGCCAUCACCACCACUGAGUGCAAGGAUACAAGAGCUCAGAAACAACUUAAACUCGCUUUGUUUUUCUACAGAUGCAAACUUGAAGAUGGCUUUGGAAAGCUUGGAGCCUGAGACUCCAAAAUAUUUACAUAGAGUGGAGGCCGAUGACAAGCAUGCCAUUCUUGAAAAGUCAGAAUUCAAAACUCCAAUUGCUGACAAAAAUGCUAAAGAAAAUUAUGAACUUACUACUAUAGAAAGCCCUUGGGAAAGUUUCCACAUGCGCAGUUCUAGAGCAAAGGAUUCUCUUGUUCAAGAAUAUUUGAAGUUUUUCAACACUGCAAGCAAGGAGGAGCUAAAAGGACUAAAGGGAAUUGGAGAAAAAAGGGCUACAAACAUUAUUGAAAUGCGAGAGGAAUCACCAGAACCCUUCAAGCAGCUUGAUGAUUUAAAAGAAAUUGGCCUUUCAAAAAAGCAGAUCAAGAUAAUGAUGAAGGAUGCAGUUGGAGAGCUUUUAUAGGAGCUAAGUUUAAAAUUUUUAAUGUAUCAGCAACACCAUGUUGCUAUUUAUCAGCAGAAAUUUAUGUAUCAGUGUUCUAAAACUAUGUUAUCCAAGUGUUGGUAGUCAACCUUUGUAUAAUAAACAUAAAAGUAUGCAAUAUUAAUGUGUUAGCUACAAAUUCUCAAGUACAUUC